CGACUCACUUCAAUUGGUCGUAAAGGUAUAUAGCAGAAUCUUUAUUCCGGCAAUAGCUUCAGUGAAUUACGCGUUGUAAUCGCAAAGUGAUUGAGUGGUGCCGUUUGAUAUUAAAAGUGACAUCGUAGUAUAGACGUAAAGUACAAAAAAUGAAUAUCAUAUCAUGCUUGGUACUCGUUGCGAGCGUUUGGCAGCUAGUCGCCGCAGAAUGGAACACAAAAGACUAUAUGAAACGAGAGCAUUCUUUGAUCAGGCCGUACCAAGGAUCCGGAAUGACAAUUCCUUACUGGGAUUUUACUGGUAGUACAAUGGUGACAAAUAAUUAUGUUAGAUUAACGCCGGAUCUUCAAAGUAAACAAGGUGCCAUAUGGAAUUCCGCUCCAUGUCACGUAAGAAAUUGGGAACUCCAAGUUCACUUUAAGGUUCAUGGAAAAGGAAGAGAUCUGUAUGGAGAUGGUUUUGUCAUUUGGUAUGCAAAAGAAAGAAUGCAAACAGGCCCUGUAUUUGGAAAUAGGGAUUAUUUCCAUGGAUUAGCCAUAAUUUUAGACACAUAUAGCAAUCACAAUGGCCCGCAUAAUCAUCAGCACCCUUACAUUUCUGCUAUGGUCAACAAUGGUUCCCUGCAUUAUGAUCACGACCGUGAUGGAACUCACACACAAAUAGCUGGUUGCGAAGCAAAAUUCAGAAACUUGGAACAUGAUACUCAUGUUGCUAUUAGAUAUGAAAGAGACACACUAACUGUGUCCACGGACUUUGCAAACAAAGCUGCAUGGAAGGAAUGUUUCUCCGUAAAGGAUAUAAAGCUUCCCACAGGCUAUUACUUUGGAAUUUCCGCGACGACAGGAGACUUAUCCGACAACCACGACAUAUUAUCACUUCGACUGUUUGAAUUAGAUUUAGCACACGACGUUAAGGAUGACGAAGAUAGAUCCAACAUACUACCUUCUGCUGCGUUCUACGAAGCUCCACGAGAACAUGUAGAUGACCCGAAGCAAUCUAUUCUGAGCAGAGUAAUGUUCUUUCUCUUAAUGUUAGUGAGUGUGCUCGCGAUAAUCGCGUGCAUCGUAAUAGGUAUCAUGUGGUAUCAAAAACAUCAAGAGAACAGCAGAAAACGGUUCUACUAAACCGUGAUGAUAAUUCAUAAACAAUUCUGCUUUCGAAUUUCUCGUUUAUAUCGGAUGUUCAUUCUAAGAGAUAAACGUGUCGUUAUAAAGUGUUCAUAAGACUGUUUAUUUGGAUAUUAGUAUAAAAGAAAUGGUGGUUAUUGUAUCGACCAUUAGUCCCGUUUCCGAAAAAAGUCACUUUGGAAGAGAGAGAGAUACAUCAACAGGAAUUACAUGUAGCAACAAUUGAUUAAACGAUUUACGAUAAUGUGUAAAAUUGUUGCAGCAGUUAUAAGACGUCGAAUUUAUGCUAUUACUACUACUCUGGUCCUAAUAAUGUUAAUCACGCGUAGUACACGAUUCCUUUACCAAAGUUGUCAUGCUGUUAAGUUGCUGCCGUCAAUCCUGUAGCUCUAAGUUCAGUAAAUGUACAUUAUCACAUUGUUAAAUUGUUACAUCGUUCGCCGUAGGCAGGAAAAAGUAACGCCCAAUCUUUGAACAUACAAACAACACCGAGAGACAACAUCGAUCAUUUUUUCUAUUGUAUCUAUGAUAAUUUAUUCGCCGGUAAGCCUGGAACUUGUAAGAUUUUAAAUGAAACAUUACACGUGGAUAGGAUAUCCGAUCAGAGAGAAACGAACUCUUUAGGAACAAUAAUCGAUUUCUAUGAAAGCGUUCUUUCUCACUUUGCCUUAUCUUUACAUCUACAAAUUUAAUAUGAUUGGAAAGACUUUAUUGACGUAGAUUUUAUAUUUGUACAUACAACAAAAGAAACGUCGGUAUGGAAUAGUUAUUAAAGUGAUUUCAUACUGUACAAACUCUUUUUUUUUAUACAAAAAAAAGAAAAGGAAAACCAAGGAUAAUAGGGAAGCAAAAUCUCUGAGCAAACGAUCGUCUUGUUAAAGCAAACGUAAUGUUAUCAUCCGUAAAAAUAAUGUACGUCAUCUGUUGCCAAAUAUAAAAUAAAAGUAUAUUGAAUUGUAUAA